ACCUUGAACAAACCACACACAAUUUUGAUACUUUAACCCACGAACCUGAAUCCAAUUCAGGGGGCGCAUGAGGAUUUUAGGAAGAUUUGCCCCCGUGAAAAAAGCCCAUUCGCUGCUCUCCUCUGCUCGUGCCCAGGUCCUCUCUCAUGCCCCUCUCUCCUGUGUUCUCUCUCAUCCCCGAUCUUCUCAAUCUCUCUAGGGCUCUCACACCUCUGUACUCUCUCUUUGCAAAUCCGUCUACCUCAUCUGAAGCUGUUAACUCUCAUAUCAUUAUGUCCUCACUCUUCAAGCCCUUGAAGCUAUUUCAGGAAUGCACAUUAUUCCUUACUCAAGUAGCUAUUCCUUCUUAAGGAUGCAACUUGGAGCAUUGUUGUGGUAUCAAAAUUGCUAUUGUAAGAAGGCACUGCUUUCUCUUCCAGCAGGUUAGCAGUGAAGUUGCUUUGAACCCAUGUUUGUUCACAGGAUUGCCUUGUGAAUACCAACAGGAACUGGAUAUCUUGCCAACCCGGUACUUAGAACUUACUUAACAUUCCAGGAGGUUGUCAAACGCAGAAACCGGGAACUUCUUUAACUUCCCAGGAGUCAUUAAACACAGAAACCAGGAACUUCUUGCAGUAACUUCUAUCUUCCCAGCAAGGAGGAACUUUCAAUUUACAGCAAUGGAUCGUGAUAGUGUUCGUUUUCCAGUCCCUCAUAGAAACAUCGCAGUUGAUAUCAAGGGAGCUAAAACAGAUAUACUGAUAUGCAGUUAUGAAGAUCAUAUUCUUGUGGUUGCAACACAGAUAGGAAGUAUGGGAACCAUCUUGCAUGCAAGUAAGGAGGAAGGUGUAUCCAUCAACCCAACUUUCAAUGUCUCUGUUAUAUUUGGGAAGAGGGAUGAGCCAAUGCUUGUGGCAUGUGCUCGGCAGCUUAUUGAGCAUAUGAGUAGCUCAGGUUCUUCAAGAGCACUGGUACUGUCUCUAGGACUCAAGGACCACUCUGCGGAAACUCUUAGAGCAGUUGUUGCUGCUGUGACUGCUAUUCGCCUCUGGUAAGACGGGGAACUCUUGCAGUUAUAAGAGAGAGAGCGAGGGGUUUUUAUUGAGAUGACUGCAUUGAUUCAGAGAGAGGGUAAUGGUUUCUUGAGACAACAGCAACGGUGCCCCAGGGAAAGCUAAUUCAUUAAUUUAAUGUAACUGAUAUGAACCUUAUUGAGUGGACAGGGGGGAUGUACCUCCAUAUGGCAUCUUGGAUGAUAUGCACCGGCUAUGUCUAACGAUACACGAGGAAGAUUUAUAUGUAUGAUUGUUCUGCA